AUGAAGAGUUUAUUCGUUUGUUUGCUGCUGGCCCUGGCUGGUCAGUCUCUAGCUCAAAGCGAGAAUGAUUUUUUGGAGUACCUGAUGGAUAUACAGAGCCAAGCAGAAGCUGUUCAUGAGAUGAUGGAGGAGACGUUCGAUAACAUUCGUUUCUCGAUGAGUGACCAGCUGGUCGAGCUGAACCGUCAGCUGAUUUCCCGCAUGAACGAAGCUCUGGAGGAGGUCGAACAGAUCCGCGAGGAUACGGAAGCGUUCGUUGGAGACUCAUCGGCCCCUGCUACCUGUGUUAAUGUUGCCGUAGCUAACUGGGAAAUCGAGAUCGAUUGGGUCGGACAGGCAUUGUCGCGAUGCGCCAGUCAGGCCAACAUUCAGAUCACCUCGCGUACUGCCGAUGUCCAUGCUGCUCUGGAAGCCGCUCAGGUUGCGUCGACGGAACUGCAAAACAUCGUUGUCCGCGGAUUCAUUGACUGGAAUGCGAUUGAUAGCAACGAACAACUCUCAGUUAUUGUUGGAGAUCAGAUUGAGUACCGGGAGGACUAUUUCAACAGAAUCACCCGGCCCAAUCUUGAGCGCGUUCUGGAAGGAAUUGACGAUCUGGAUGACAAUCUGUUGCCUGAGAUCGUGACCUGCGUCAAUCGCGGCGUUGAGCGAUUCAGCAACUACGGACAGGUUAUCCGUGAUACGCUGUUCUUCUGCGCGCAAUAA